GCAAAAUUUCUUUCAUUUCCAUUAAUCACAUUUUUUUUGUGUGUUUUUAAAUACAGAUAAAGAAAAUUACGACUGCAAGUGGAGUAGACGGUGUAUUGAGCAUGCGCACUGGAGCGAAAAGCCUGAGUAGCGCCAAAUUGCCCGGGAUGCGAAGGAAGGGAGGGAGGAGGAGCACUCCCCGGAGUCUGCCACACCAGUUUAAGUUAAUGUCAGCCUCCUGGUCGCUGGGAGAAGAAGCUCCGCGCUGACAGCGAAGGUACAUGCUCGGCACCACCUGCUGGAAGCCGCUGUCCCGACUCAACAAUGACUCGGCGGCCGAGAAACAGUGUUUACAGCAGCGAGGAGGAUGAGGAGGAGACAGAUUUGUAUGAACACGACUAUGACGGGUCACUGGCCAAGACAGGGAAGCGUCACCUUGGCAAAACUCGCUGGACGCGAGAGGAGGAUGACAAGCUGAAGAAACUUGUUGAACUUCAUGGAUCUGAAGACUGGAAAGUCAUUGCAAGCCUACUAACUAAUCGAACGGACGUGCAGUGCCAGCACAGGUGGCAGAAGGUUCUCAACCCAGAACUCAUAAAAGGACCUUGGACCAAAGAGGAGGACCAGAGGGUGAUCGAGCUGGUCCAGAAGUACGGAGCCAAGCGCUGGUCGGUGAUUGCUAAGCACCUGAAGGGACGGAUCGGGAAGCAGUGCCGCGAACGCUGGCACAACCACCUGAAUCCCGAGGUGAAGAAGACCUCGUGGACCGAGGAGGAGGACAGAAUCAUCUACCAGGCACACGAGAAGCUGGGAAACCGCUGGGCGGAAAUUGCCAAGCUCCUUCCUGGCAGGACCGACAACGCCAUUAAGAACCACUGGAACUCCACCAUGAGGCGAAAGGUGGAACAGGAGGGCUACCUCCAGAGCACACCCAAGACCGGCAGCUCCUCGCUGCCCAUCGGCCACGGCUACAUCAAGUCCAGCAAUCACAUCAUGAGCUUCCCGCAACACUCGCCCAGUCACGCGCAGCUGCCUCCCGUGUCGCCACUAAACUACGCCUACAUGUCCGACACUCACAGGGUGCCCUUCCCGAUGGCCCUGCAUUUGAACAUCCUGAACCUCGCCCACCAUGGACCCGCUGCCAUUCAGAGACACUAUAGUGAGGAGGACCCUGAGAAGGAGCAGAGGGUAAAAGAGAUCGAGCUGCUGCUCAUGUCGACAGAAAACGAGCUGAAAGGCCAGCCGUCACUACCAAUAAACCUGUCCUUCCCGAGCUGGGCCAGCCAGAGCUCUGUGAUCAGCAGCCCGGACGGCGGGGCGAUGUCUUUACCUCAUUACCAGGCAACCGCCACGGCCCUGCCUCUGGACCAGAGCUGCCUGCCGGAGGAGAGCGCCUCGGCAGCUCGUUCCCGCUCCAACAGCAGCAGCCACCACAGCAGUCCCACAUUCUCAAAUACUAUUCCAGACUUCAUGGAAUCUGUCAUUGAUUCAAGCCCAUCCUUAGCAGGCGAGGCCUUUAGCUUCUUGGGUAAGAGCGUUGUGAAAACAGGCAAAGUGUCUUCCAAUCAGAACUCCAGAGCUGCUUUCAUCUGCUCCACGCCCAAGUCUUCAGCAGUCAGUGUCCUACCAUUUCCACCUUCACAGUUUCUUAACCAGUCGAUGAGCCCAGAACACUCUGAUGACAGUUUAGGAACGAGCAUGCACGUGGACGUCAAGCCUCACAUCGACCACUCCAUCCGGCCUCAAAAGGAGAAUGAAAUAUUCCGAACACCGAACAGUCGUAGAUCGAUUCUCGAGACGAGUCCUCGUACGCCCACACCUUUCAGAUCAACCCUUGCCCUCCAGGACACCAAGUACGGACCCCUUAAACUACUGAAUACAACGUUGGAGCAGCCGAUGGUUGAGUCUAUCAAGCAGGAGCCAAUGGAGUGUGCCAUUGAACAGCCUCCUCAUAAGAAGAUCAAACAGGAGGUGGAGUCUCCAUGUGAAAGGAGCCCAUGCAUGCAGUGGGAAGGCCAGGAGCUCAACACACAACUCUUCUCCCCCAACACAUCUGCACAGGAAGUACCUGACCUGCUUACAAGCUCAGUACUGAGUGACGAUGGACACAAAACCUUCCACAUCCCUCACCGAGGCAUGGACAGCCCACUACAGCAACAGCUCAGUUCCUGGGAGCAGACUUGUGGGAAACCAGAGGAGCACAUUUUGGCCUCGGAGCAGAGCCACAAGUUCAUCAACACUUACCCUACGAGGACACUGGUGAUGUAGACGGAGACGGACGCUGAUCUGGAAGCGUCAACACUCCCUGCGCUGGACACAGCGUCGCAGGUUUUAUAUUUGUUGUGGUACAACAGUUGGGAGAGGCUUCAUGCCGCCGGUGUUUUUACACUCAAACUUGUUGGAAUUCAACCAACGGAAGACUACAUCUGUACACAAACGUUGGAUUUGGGUUUUCCUUUGUCUCUUGGUCUAAACUGCUCAUUAUCAUCAUUGUAUUAUAGAAAUGGGGGAAAUGGUGACUGUGUUUGCAUUGGGCUGUAUUAUUAGUUACAAAUUUUGAUAUUAAUAUAAAGAACAAGUUAAUUUAUUGGUUUGAUUUCCUUUUUUUUUUUCCUCUUUUUGAUGUUUUACAAUCGACCAAUUGAGCAGUGUUGUAAUUUUAAGUAUUUAAGCCCUGUUAGCAUUAUCAUGUAACCCGAAAGCGUGAGGAUUUCAAAACUGACCUCUGAAUUAUUGUUUUGUUUUAUUUUUACUCUUAUGGAGCUCUUUCACUUUUCGUUUUUGUCAUUGGUUUUCAAAGUCGAUCCUGGGUCUACUGGAUAUUUCAACCUUAUGGUCUGACACAUCACGUAAACACUCAACCAGAGCAGAGACGUCUGUUCUUAUCAUUAAUGAUGAUGUUAGUAUUACCUGUUUACCACAUUUCACCGGUUUCUCAUCCAAUUUGAGUUUUCAUUUCAAUUCGCAGCGGCCUUCACAUCAACCCUGAAUUGGGAGACAAUCAUGAACAAAUGAUUAAAUAUAAUGUUAUAUAUAAGUAUAUGGAGGGAGAGGGGAAGAGAUUACACUAUGUACAUUUCAUAAUCUGAAAUGAGCUUGACCCAGUAAGAGUAAGAACAAGCAGCACUUGACUUUUUUAUUCUUAGAAAACAACAAAGGUAAACACUUUUUUUUAUACUACAAACACAAGCCCAGUUGCAAGUUUUGUAUGAUUUUUUAUUCUUUUUGUAAAGCAGACUUCAGCAUUUCAUUUUUUUUAAAUUCACAGAAUCUGCAGUAGCCUAUCUCGAACACUUAGCCAACAAUCUUUUUGUACUUGUUUUGAUACUAGCCUUGCAGGAGCUACUGUUUUUAUAAAAGCAUUUAUACAUGCCAAGUUUUUAUACUUUUCUAUACUGUCAAGCAAAUAAAGUGUGCUGUUUUUAUUACGA